AUGGCUUUGGAUAAUGUGUUCAACCAGCCUAUUGCACCUCAGCUAUCCCGGUUGCUGUGCAUGAGGAAGUGGGAGAGUCUCACGACUAUUCGCAUUGCUGAGAACAAACGCUUGGUCGGGGCGCCUAUCGCUGGAGACAGUACUGCAAUUGCUGAUGACACCAAUGUAGUUGCUGAAGACAGUGUGGGACUUGCUGAAGACACUACCGGAGUUGCUUGUGAUGCUCCUGACAACAUUGAGCAAGAGAUUGAAUGCUCCUCUCAGCCACAGGAGCCAUUCCUGGGCAUGCGGUUUGACACCUUGGCCGGUGCCAAGGCACAUUACAAUGCUUAUGCGUGUGUGAUGGGUUUUUCUAUCAAAUCAAACACAUCAAGGCGGUCGGCGUACACAAAUCUGGUGGAGAAGCAGCAGCUUGUUUGCAACAAGUUUAGAAUGCCCAAACCUAUGGACGAUGCUGCCGGCAAAUCAUCUAAUCCCACCGGCAACUCAUCUAAGGCACGUCGCGACGAGAGUUCUAGUGAUGAGGAACAUGUGGAUGCGCCUAAUGAAGAUCCGUUGCUGUUCAGGAAGGUGGUGAAAAAAAGGAGACGAGAGUCGAUCAAGCAAACGGGAUGCAAAGCAAAGAUGACGGUGAAACUAAUUGAAGGAAGGUGGGAGGUCAUAUUUUUUGUAGCGGAGCACAACCAUGAGUUGAUAACCAAGCCCUCUCUCACAAAAUACCUUCUAUCACACAAGAAUAUAUCGCCCGAAGAAGAGGCGUUCCUGAGAAUAUUGGACGACUGCAAUCUUGAGACAGGUCAGAUGAUGACGCUCAUGUCCACGUUCUAUGCGAACGGGUUUAUUGUGCCGUACACCACAAAAACAAUCAGCAACUUCCGCUCAAAGAUCAGGUCUGAGAGGAAGGGUGAUGACAUGGCUGAAACGGUGUCAUACUUCAUGGUGAAACAGAAAGAGGACCCAUCCUUCUACUUCAAUGUGAAGCUGGAUGAGGACGAGAGGGUGGAGUUGCUGUUCUGGGUUGAUGGCCAAUAUCUGGAUGCAAUGGGUGGGCAAGCUCCCCUGAAUAUAAUAACUGAUCAGGACUAUGCUAUGAGGGCCUCGAUUGCAAACGUGUUCCCAAACACCGUCCAUCGCAAUUGUCGAUGGCAUAUCAUGAAGAAGGCACAAGAGAAGCUCGGUUCUUUUUUGGGUAGGAGGCCUGCUGUGUCGCAAGACUACAAUGAGUGUGUUGAUAUGAGUAUGACUCCAGAUGAGUUUGAGCAGAAAUGGGCAACUUUUCUUGCGAAGUUCUUCCCCUUCCUCCAGUCCACACAGCGAAGCGAGGGGUUCAAUGCUGUUCUCAAGCGCUAUGUGAAUUCUCGCAACUCGAUCCUCAACUUUGUGAAGCAAUAUGAGAAGAUCCAGGUUAAGAUCCUCGUGAAGGAAGGGGGCAACGACUACAGGACAGAUCAUCUAACGCAAGCUACUUGGUCAUCCUACCCCAUUGAGAAGCAGGCUUUCGCAACUUACACCCGUGACAUCUAUGUGAAAUUCAGGGAUGAGUUCAAGUUGACAGGGAGGUACAACGUUCGCCUCCAGCAGAACGACCUCUACCGGCUCGAGCCCAACAUGACGUGCUGUCAAUUCUAUGGCAGUAGAAGUUACUUGGUUCUUGCUCAAGUAGGCGACGAGGAGUACAGUUGUGAGUGUGGUAAGGUGAAGCGGGAUGGGUUGCUGUGCUGCCACAUCUUGAAAGUGUUUACUCACCUUGGGAUUGAUGAGAUACCCGAGCGGUAUAUCAUGAGGAGAUGGACGCAGAAUGCUGUCCCGCGGAAAGUUGCUCGUCCAGAUGAGACGCAACCAGACGCCCUCCCGCCGGAAUCAUUGAAGCAAAUAAGAAUGGCAAAUUUGUCUGUCAAAUAUGGUGAACUUGCUAGGAUCGGUUGUUGUUUGGAUGCAGCGAACGCCACAGCGGAGAAAUACAUCCGCGUGACAAAGGCUGAGAUAACUCAUCUGAACUUGACGAGGAGGAAAGAUGCAAAGAGGAGGAGGGAGACAGCAGCACGUAAAGCAAGCACAGCAAGCGCAUCAUCUUCCCCGGCGACUACCCAGGCAACUACAGCACCUGCCCCCACAACUGCACCGCGCCCUGCAGCAACUUCGGGUGGUGCUCCAGCAACUACAACCCCAACACCCGCAACAAUAGCAGCCUCAACGGUGAGUGGUGCAGCGACGGUGCCUGCCCCCGCAACUGCAACUUCUGGUUGUGCUCCAGCAACUGCGUCAUGCUGCCCCGCAACUACAACCGCAGGCCCCGCAACAGCAGCAGCCUCAACGGCAAGUGGUGCAGCGACGGCAUCGGCUUCAGUCGACCCUAAUCGUGUGAGGAACCAAGACAGGUGCCUGACAAAAGGGCGGCCCCGGGCGAAGCGUUACGAGAAUGCACUUGAACUACACCCAAAGAAGAAGAACAAAUGUGCUCUUUGUAGCUCUGAUGAGCACAACUCUGCCAGGUGCCCUCGGAAGCUGGCCUAG